ACUUCAUCAUCUUCGUCGUCUUCAUCAACAUCUUCACGUACUGCCAUCACUACACUCGACUUUCCUAGCAUACAGAGGGUGAUCAGAUCAGUGUUCCGAUCCUCGAAAAUCACUGUGCAGCAAGUUGAAGUUCUACAAAGAUGCCUCCAUCAAGUUUACCUCACAAGACUAGAAGAUGGUAGUUGUUUAAUGCUUAAAUGCCCACCACCUUACAACGUGCGACUCCUCCGGCACGAGAAACACCUCCUGGAAACGGAACGGAGGACGCUCGAGACAUUACACGAGUACACACAAAUACCUGUCCCUCAACUCAUCAAGUAUGAUGGUCACGGCGGACCGCUCGGCACACCAUUUCUCAUGAUGAGCCACAUAGCCGGUCGCAAGCUUUCGGAAUUUGCGCCGUAUCUUACAGCCAGCGAACGAAGUUCCAUCGACCAAACACUGGGUGUUCAUGUCCGCGCUCUCACUACGCUGUCAGCAACCCAAUUCGGCAUGACACACCGAGUCUUCGCCAAAAAGGGCAGCAAUUCCUGGCGCGAGGCCUUCCUCGCUCUCCUCGAAGCAACAAUCCGCGACGCGGAAGAUAUGCUCGUCAACGCACACUCUGAAAGCAUACGAUUCUGGGUCGGCAAGCACGCGCAAUGCCUAGAAGAUGUCAUUGAGCCGCGUCUUGUGGCCUUGAACGUAUGCGACCCCGAAAACGUGCUUAUCGACGAGCGUACUAAGCAGGUCGCUGGUCUGGUUGGUUUCUCAAACGUCAUCUGGGGCGAUCCGCUGAUGAGCGGCGGUAUGGCGGAUGGCAACGAAGCGUUCUUCGCCGGCUUAGGGGACUACCCGGUCAAGACUGCGAGUGCGAGGACCAGAAUGCUCAUGUGAGUGGUGGUGCGGGUAAUUAGGGGGUCGCAGUACUAACCGUGAUAGGUACAAAACUUACAGAGCAACAGUGCGAAUUGUCGCACACCACUACCGGCCGCAUGACGGCAUCGAUGAACUUGGUGCGAGGCGAGAGUUGAGCUAUGCGCUCAACGACCUUGCAGCCAUCUAGGCUAU